AUGAGGAGGAGGGUCCAAUUAGAAAAUAGCCUCCCAAUCCCAUGACCAUCCGUCGGCCUCUCCUUUUCUCUCUCAAAUUCAUCUUCACAAAACAAAUCCCCAAUCCAAAACCCUAGCCUCUCUUCCUCUCGGUGGAUCUCGACGGGUAAGGCUAUUAUAAUUUAUAUCUCUACCACCAAAACCUUGAAAUUGACGCAUUUGAUCAAAACUUGAAGAUUAUUGAUGCUGAUACUUUGAUAAUUAAAGCUUCUAUCAAAGGUGUAGGUGCUGGAUGGGUUUAUUGAUGCUGAUACUUUGAUAAUUAAAGCUCAAGUUCAGGUUAUCAGGUAUGGAGAAAUAUUUUGGAAAAAGACUAAGAUUUUUGGAUUCUUGUCCAGAACUAGAAGCACAUAUUGCUGAAGAAAAUUUGAUGGAGAAUGAUGAUAUAAAUGAAAGUGAAAUCAAGGCUGAUCCUGGUUUGCGAAAACCAAUUGCAGAAUAUGGUGUGAAUAUCCGGGAUCGUAUUCGUAGAGAAUAUGUAGCAAAAGGCCCUUGUCAACCAAAGGGUAAUAUUUUUCAAAAAACGCGUCAAGGAAAAGAUAAUAGGAGUUUUAGAGAUGUUUGGUACAAAGAUUAUGAUUGGCUAGAAUAUAGUGAAUCGAAACAUGCCGCAUAUUGCUUUUACUGUUUUCUUUUCAAGCAUGGUUAUGUGGCACCGGGAGAUGAAGCCUUCACUAGUUGUGGUUUUUCUAAUUGGAAAAAAGCACUAGAAAAAUUCAAGGCACAUGUUGGGGAUAAAAGUAGUGCACACAACAAAGCAAGGAUAGAAUCCAUCUUUGCUAGUGUUUCUAAUGAAAGAAUCUUGAAACGUUUUCAAGAUAUGGAUACCCGUAGAAAUCAGUUGUCUCGGUUAACAGAUGCUAGAGCUACUUGAAUUGUAAUAGACUUUCAUUUUGCUAAAAAAACAUAUUGAA